UUCUCUCGUCGAAGCUAUCUCAUGGCCCCUGGUUUUGCCUCCCCUUCUCCGCCUUUAUACCUCCUCCCCCCCUCUCGCUUUCUUUCUCGUCAAAAUUCCUAUUUUUUUCGCACAGUGCUCGUCGAUCCCGAUCCUAUACCGGGGUUGUCUACUGAAAGUUUGGGCUUCUCUCGCUUCUACUUCGAGAUUAGAUCUUUGGAGCCGGUAAAGUUAGAACCUUGGAGAGUUUUGGUGCUGGAAUUGAGGUGCUGGGGGUGAAAGAUCAUACCUUGGGCGAGUUCGCGAGGCCUGGAUGAAAGUAGAGGCGACUAAUGGGUAUGAGGGGGAGAAGAAGCCAGCGGGGGCGAAGAGGAAGGGGGAGAAGCUGGUAAGGAAGCGAGGGUACAGCAGAGGGACACGGCGGCGGGUGCAGGCCGCCUCCACGGCGAUCCAGCGUCUGUACGUGGCCUGCAAGACGGUGUUCAAGGACCCUAAGACCGUCCCUGAGACCGCCAACGUCGAGAUGCUGCAGCGCCUCUUAGAUGAAAUGAAACCAGAAGAUGUUGGGCUAAGCACGGAUGCACUCUUCAGGGUUAAAAGUUCUUCCAAAGGAACCCCAAAGAUCACAUAUGCGAUGAUUUACAAGUGCGAUAACUUUUCGAUAAGUAUCUUCUUCUUGCCCCCGAGAGCAAUUAUUCCUCUCCAUAACCACCCUGGGAUGACUGUUUUCAGCAAAUUACUGGCAGGAUCGGUGCAUAUAAAGUCUUAUGACUGGCUCGAUCCUGGUGCAUCAAAUAGCUCUAAGCCCUCACCUAAAUUGAGACUAGCCAAGUUGGUGGUGGAUUCUGAUUUUACUGCUCCUUGCGACACUUCAAUUCUUUAUCCGACAACCGGAGGAAACAUUCAUACAUUCACAGGCAUUACUGCCUGUGCUGUGCUUGAUGUUCAAGGACCCCCCUACUCGAAAGAAGAGGAUCGUGAUAUUACAUACUAUCGGGAUUAUCCCUACAGGACAUAUCCAAAUGGUGCCACUGACCAAAAUGGAGAGGAGGAUUCUUCUUUUGGAUGGUUGGAAGAAAUCGAUAUAUCGAAGGAUUUGAAGAUGAAUGUUAUCGAAUACCUGGGCCCGCAGGUCAUCGAGGGCUGACAACAGUUCUGACCAGUUCUUUUCAUUUUCCUCUGUGUGGGACUGGUUUCAGGAUGUGUAAAGAUUGGAAUGUCUUUGAGAUGAUACUUCAUGGUCCUUUUUUUGGUCCUUUUUUCCCUGGUUUAUCAUUGUUGUUUAACUUGUCAUAUCAUCAGAAUCUGACUCGAACGGUUCCCCACUUAAAAUCUCGAUGUGCAGUUUGAUUUGUACUUUUGCUUUGGAUCACUUUGGGAUGUCGCCAAUAAAUCUUGAUCAGUUCUGAUCAUUUCAUAA